AUGCACCCCGCCAUUACCACAAGUCAGUCACGUAUUGUAGGUGGGUACCAGGUAGUCGAGACGCCCAGCGGACUCCAAACCGCCAUGACAACGGUUGAACUGUGCGGUGGAAAGGAUGCAAAGGGAUCGAAAGCAUGCAAAGGAAUCAAAGGCAUCAAAGGAUGCAAUGGUGGUGGCAUGUCAUAUGACCAUGGGUUUAGCGUCGGGCGACUUGGGCUUUACUCCAAGUGGUUAGAAUAUCCCUGUAGGUUCAAGUCCACGUCACAGCGGCAAAUUUUCAUGGUUAUAUAA